GGCAGCCUGAACGAACGAAGCGUGCUUAGUCAACCUGGUGGCGCUGAACAACCAUCUGUCGGAGCGGAGAAGCUGCCAGCCGACCUCGAGGAACUCACGGUUUCGGUGCGGCGAACCUGCGGUGCCGUUGCUCGCGUUGUAUUGUGUAUCGUGUUCGUCGUGGUUUAAUUUUCGUGCGUUGGGCCACGUUCCGACACCUUCGACCGAAUACGUGAACCAGUGCGUAGACUAAUUAAAUACGAGAACCGUUGAACCCGACGGGGCACGAUGGUCAGCAAGGAUCCGAAGAUUAUCGCCCAGGAGGCAAACCCUUACCUGAAACCGCCUAGCAUGUCGACCAGCCAGUCUCUCAAGACUUUUAUUUACAAUCGUGAAACCGGCGCCUUUAUGGGCAGAACGGCCAGUAGCUGGGGUAAAAUCGGACUGUUUUAUUUGAUAUUCUACGGCGUACUGGCUGCAUUGGUUGCAAUUUGCUUCUGGGGCUUCUUCCAAACGUUGGAUCCAAGGAUACCGAGGUGGCAGUUGGAACGUUCGAUAAUUGGAACAAGUCCUGGUUUAGGAUUCAGGCCUAGACCACCAUUGGAAAAUGUGGAAAGCACAUUGAUUUGGUAUAGGGGAACAGACAGCGAGAACUUCAAAUACUGGAUUGAUUCCUUACAGGCCUUUCUUAAAGAUUAUAUAACGCCAGGUUCUGUUCCUGGCGUUGGUGCAAACCUUAAUAAAUGCGACUACAAUCAACCUCCACCCCCUGGUAAGGUCUGUGACGUCGAUGUUAAGAACUGGCAACCUUGUACGAAGGAGAACAAAUAUAAUUAUCACAGAAAUGCUCCAUGCAUUUUUCUCAAGCUUAACAAGAUAUAUGGCUGGAAACCAGAGUUCUACAACGAUACAGAAUCGUUACCAGAAAAAAUGCCUCUCGAUCUCAAGGAGCAUAUUGCCUUUGUAAAGACAAACAAUUCUUUGCAUCUUAACACAGUGUGGGUGUCUUGCGAAGGAGAGAAUCCCGCCGAUCAAGAAAACAUAGGACCAAUUGAUUAUAUACCGCGGAGGGGUUUCCCUGGUUAUUUCUAUCCAUUCCAAAACUCUGAGGGAUAUCUCAGCCCCCUGGUCGCCAUUCAUUUCGUACGUCCUCGCACUGGAAUUUUAAUAAACGUAGAGUGCAAGGCGUGGGCGAAAAACAUAAAACACAGCCGCCACGACGAAAUGGGCGCAGUCCAUUUGGAGUUGAUGAUAGAUUAACAGGGUCUACAUAUUUUUUCUGGCCUAUCCCUUGUUAGCGUACAGAGGCUAAACGCGAAUCUCAUAUUUUCUGACUCUUCGACAUACCUGUAUGCUUCUGAAUAAAGUCGCGAAGCCGUCAGAAACCGAUGACCGCUGGCAAAGUGGAUAAAAUUUUUGUCAAGUACAAAAGUAAAAGAAUUUUUUUUUUUAUGUUCGUAUUACCAGAAGUCCGUUCUACAGAAGUUCCUUGCGUGGCGAGACAAAUUUUAGGUCUUGUACGAUCCGUAUACAGUGUUCAACUUCUUAUACGAUUUCUUAUCCGGUUGAAGUUUAUAAACAAAAUGUACCAUUUAAGUAGUUCUUAAUCGAUAUAACAUACUAUAGGAACCGAACGUUUGGAAAAAGCUUGUAGAAAGGAUAUAUAUGUUUACAGUGUGUUAAUACGAACAUAUUUUAACGAUAAAUAUAAUCGUGUUAUAUUUGAAAAUGAUAUUUUCAUGAUAAAUUGUAAUAAUAAAAGUGAGUAUAUUCCUUCUACUCUUAUAAUUAAUCGACACGAAUGAUAGUUUAUUCUAGUUCGAUCCGUAAAUCAUCGUAGAUCCCUAUGUGAAAAUAUCAAAAUCUUUUACUUAAAAUGUAUUAAUUUUAUCCAAAAAAUAGGAAUAAUUAUUGAAAGUCGAAUCUUAUCAAAGAUCUGAUUUUAACAUUUAAGGAGUUAAUAAUAGUUCUUCGUCUUAACAAAUAUUUAACCAUAUCUUGUGAAAAAUAGAGAUCAUCGAAACAUUGAAAAAAAAAAAGAAACAAAGCAAACGCUUAGAGAACUAUUUAAACUAGUAAUUACUGUAAUUUUCGAAUCUUGUUUUAUUGUGAAAAUGUGUAAAUUAAUGGCCGAUACGAAUAGAUCUCUUAAACGUGACAAAGAUAAUAUAUAUAUUUUGCUUCUGAAGUAUGUAAAUGUAUCGUAUGUGUACACAUAUAUUUUUAUAGAUAAGAUUUUCUUCUAUUGAAUCACAGAUUGUUGUCAUCUAUUUCUACUACAUUUAAUUGUGAAAUAUUAAAUGCCUAUUGAAAACGA